AUGCGUUCGGUGUUAGAAUCUGCACUUAUUUGUGUUUUUCAUAUGAAUGUUGUCUCAAGCCACGCUGUGUUAACAAAUGUAGCAUACUCGAAACUAGUAACUUUAAGUUCUGUUUAUUCCGGUAAAUAUGGGUAUUUUCCGGGACCUAAUGCCGUAAAUGGACUUUUGUCUGACUAUGUCCAUACAUUUGGAGAGAAAUUUCCUUGGCUGAGGAUAGAUCUGGGAGCAAGUUUUCAAAUCCAUGAGAUAGAAGUGUUUGCAAGAUCUGACUGUUGUGGUAAUCAAUUACACGAUAUUGACUUUACAGUUGGAAAAAACAUACACGACAUGCACUUCUGCGGACAUUUUACAGGGCACGCCUCAACCGGUCAGAGGAUUGCAGUGUUUUGUCCCCAUAACACAGUGGGACGUCAUGUACAGUUACAGACCGUCAGUGGUAGUUCCAACGUCUUGACUCCAGCAGAGGUUCUUGUCUGGGGUGUUCGUGUUGGACGCUAA